UGACUCCCCUGAAAGCUUGUUUGCCGUGUAGAGCAGAUCAACGAACACCGUCAUGUUCGUAUCCCCUUUUGUUAUGGGUGACAUAUUAGUCUGUAGCUCCCAUGGUUUGAUCUGGACAGUCGAUUUUGUGAAAAGACCUUUUCUUAAUCAGGAUUUCUGCUACAAAGCGUUCAGACGACUGCCAUAAAUCGUAUGGAUGUCAUAGAGCCAAACAACCGACUGUCGCGCUCGUGAGUCUCCCCUUUCGAUAUUGGUGAAAUAUUCGUUUGUAGCUCACACGGUUUUACAGACGAUUUCUUGUCCGGAUCCUCUUAUGUGUAGAAAAAGGCUGCUUUCACAAGCCCCAUGUUAUGGAAAAGGUGCAAACGUUAUAACGGCUGAUAGAGGGGAUUGAACGGCAGCCAGUACAAUAAAGGGUUAAUCUCAUAGCAUAAACGCACAGGGAGCUAUUCAACAUUCAAAAUGACAGUCGACUUUAGGUGGAUUUAUUAAGUCUAUGAUCUCACCAAAUGGACAAUAAAGAUUCUACAUCUUCUAUCCUAACACCUGCUUCCCAGACCAAACCUUGUAAUCAAACAUAACACAAUAAUCCAGAUUUGACAGUUCUUUGUAAAAUUAAAAGGACCUUUUGAAUUACAGGUUUGGUAUUAAGAGCGUUUGAUUUUAGUGCCCUCUUUGCCGCACAUGAUGCUGGAGGUCUAGGCCAAUAAAACCUUUUGUAAAGGGUUUAUGAAUAAAAGCAAAGCAGGUUGUCCAUGAUGGCUGUCCACGCCCUGUAUUAAACCAAACCUGAUUGUUUACAGUGUCUUUUCAUCUGGAACAGCAGAGGCCUAAUGUGGUUGUUAGUCUGGUUUUUGAGCCCGUAGGCCAAUACGAGACAAGCUUCGUGGUAAUACAUCUAUUUGACAGGUCGGAAAUGCCUGUAGUCCACCGCGAUAGGUGCAUACCUGUCUACCCGCAGAUAGGGUUUCCUGCAUGACCUACUUAAAAGCGGCCCAUCCUCUCUGCUGCGGUCUCUCUCCAUCUCCGACCGCUAGAGCAAUGAGGAACCCACAAUCGUCCAUCCUGCUCUCAUUUCUCGGUCUGUUAUUAGUCUGGCCUGAUGUACAUUCUACAGAUGUCCUCUCCUCCACACAGCCAGCCCCAACCAGCCCCCCCUGCUCCCACUGUGAGGCAGGAACAACAGCAGACCAGGAGCAGUCCCGUCCUCACAUGGAGAAGGUGAUGAUCCGCAAAUGUGACUCCAAUCUGGAGAGCUACUGUCUCAACGGAGAAUGUCUCUUACUGCUGGAUCUCAACGAACACCACUGCAAGUGUGAGAGGGGUUACUACGGGCCCAGGUGUGCUCACCUGGAGAUGGUGUUUCAGCCAAUGAAAGAAGAGCAUGUCAUUCUGAUGGUGGUAUGUGCGGGCCUUCUGUUUAUAGGCAUCGCUGGAGCCUUCUACUUCUUCUGCCGAUGGUACAAGAGAAAUAGAUGUCCACCCCAACAGAAACAGCAGACGUACCAGGAGGUGCAGAUGGUGUGACGUGUGUAUGUUUGACAGUAGCCAUAAGGUUAAUCAUUAUGUUACAUAAUAAACUACAGUUCUGUUACUUACCAGGGUUAUGUUCAUUAAGGCACGCAACGGAAAACAUUUUUAAAAAUGUUUUUAAAAACGUUUUUAAAAAAAAUAGUUUUGUAAAGGCUUAUGUUUCACUCAGUGUUCUUCCAUGCUGUGCCUACUGAACACAACUCCAGCAUUUCUACUGUGUCUCAAACUGAAAAUGUAUUUUUGUCAGGAGUAAGUUUUGCAUGGCUGUAAAGAUUAUUUCUGUCUCCUUCAUGUUAGAAUGGCUGACUAUCCUGUUUGGUAUCAUGUCUGUUCCAGUUUUUGGCCAUAUUGAACUUCAUAUGCAGUAUUUUAAAUUAUACAAAUAUUUGUUUGUUUUUUUUAUUUAUGAAAUUUCUAAUAAAACUUGUCCUUUUCUUUGUA